AUGGCAGUCUAUACCAUUCAAUACCCUGUCCUGUGUACACCUGGAUUUAUCUUUAUAUCUCCUAUUCUCCUUUUAUCUGCAGGCUGCUUCUUUACUGCUUUUUGGUCUCAUCUUCUUCUUAUCUUUAUCUUCCCCAGACACGUGACUAGAAUGUCCUUCUUUCUAUUUUGGGAAGAGAAGGAGAAGAAGAUGGCCCGUGCACUCAGCUGUCCUCUUCUUGUUUUCUCUUCUGCUUCACUUUCUACUUCCUCCCCUAUUAUGCCCUUUGUCAACUUCACUCCUUGA